AAUUUUCUUCCGUCUUCCGUCGCCAUUCUAAUUUUCCGAUGGCCGGCAUCGAUAUACCUGAUAACAUUCUUCACAAUAUACUUGUUCGACUUCCGGCAAAGUCCUUACUGCGUUUUAGAUGCGUAUCCAGACACUGGAAUCGUCUGAUUACUGAUCCUUACUUUAUGAAGUCGAGAUCACGUCGAAUGAUCAUCCUCCCCACCUCACCUCUUCAUCUUAUCGACGACAAUGUAUCAACCAACGACCAAGAUCAUUCGAUAGUCAAGCUUCCUUUUCCUUUUCGACACCAAGAAGGUACAGAUGUCACCGUUGUAGGAACCUUUAAUGGGAUAGUCCUUUUAGUUCUUAGUGAUCAGUUCCAAAACCCUCAUAUGAUUCUAUACAAUCCAUUGACCCGGGCGUCGAAGGAAAUCCCGGAUCCACCGUAUCCAUUUAAUGGUGCCACCUAUGCAUUUGGAUUUGGCUAUGGUGCAAUCCCAGAUGACCUGAAAAUUGUUCGAAUUGAAGUUCAUGACGAUUUCUAUGGCGACUGGAACACUUUCGAUGUCUUCGAUCUUAAAAAGAGUUCAUGGAUCACACGAAAAGACUUCUCUCCAAAAUAUGGGUUUCACGAAGAUAUCGGUGGUACGUUUCUAAACGGAUUCUUAUAUUGGGUUGCUUACAAAUAUGACAUGGUGGUGAUCUUGUGUCUGAAUAUUAAGGUGAUGGUGGUUUCAAAGAUAGAUAUACCUGAUCGAUGUCAUUGCACUCUUUUGGGUUCAAUAAAUGGAUGUCUUUGCAUCAUCAGCAUGAUCAGGUUUAACAGAUUUGAUGUCUUGUUGAUGAAGGAACAUAACUCAUGGUCCAAAGCGUUUUCAUUCAGAUUCGGUUUAAAAUGUAUUAAUUGGCGCAACCUGUUUUACCCAAUUUCUAUUUUGGAUCAUGGAAGAAUCAUUAUGAUGGAUGGCUCGUUCCGGAUCUUUAUCUAUGACACAUUAAAACGAUCGUGUAAAUCGAUAAGUCUUAAAAAUUUUCGAUCGAUAUAUGGCAUUGAAUACAUAGAGAGUCUGGUUUCACCUUCAUAUAUGUGUUUUGUUUGAUAUUAAUUUUGGCUUUGGCAUUUAGUUGCAUUUCGAUUUGGAUACAUUUCGAUUUGCUAGGAUUCCAUGUUGUUUAUCUUAUUGUC